CCUUUUUCAUACAAAGCGCCUCUUAGCAAAUUCUUUUUGCUUCUUUUUUUCUGUUCUCCUUCAAUAAAACGGUUAAAGAAAAUAGCAGCUUUAAUUACAGGAAGAAUAACACAAAAACAAAAGAGGCAGAAAAUAUUAUCUGUGUCACCAGUGCUUGUCUGACUGGUAAAACGUCUCUGAGUUGUCAGACAGGAUGACAGGAAUUAACCUGGCUGCUGAACAGAACUGACACGCCAUCACAACAUGGUGGAUCACGGUUGAAAAAGACGCUGGACCUGAGUGAGAGCGGCAAAGAAACUUUAAUGGUGAGUCCACAAACCGACGCUUUGGAACAAAAGACAAGAGGAAACAGAUUUUUUUUUAUUUGCCUCAAGUUCUGUUGUCUUUAAAAAUAAGAAGAUCAUCUAUAAGAUGAUCUAAUAGUGAAGUGGGUGAAUUUUAAAAUGAAGGAACUGACUGACUCUUUAUCUGGAAGACAGCAAACUUCAUCUGAGAGGAAAAAACAACCUAAAAUGGGGCUGUGCAGUAAACAUCCACAGGUUCCUCAUUUAUUCUGUGAAGACGAGCAGAGAGCUGUGUGUCCUGUCUGUGAGUUUUCUCUCCACCAGAGUCACAAAGUGGUUCCUAUGGAACAAGCGGUCGGUGGGCUGAAGAGGCAGCUGAAAUCUGACUUAAAGUCUCUGCAGGACAAGAAGGAGAAUUACAAACAAAUGGAGAAAACAUACGAUGAAAUGACCGGACACAUCACAAAGCAGGUGUCGUCUACAGAGAAACAGAUCAGAGCAGAGUUCAACAAGCUCCACCAGUUCCUGAAAGAGGAAGAGGAGUCCAGACUGGCAGCUCUGUGGGAGGAAGAGGAGCAAAAGAAGAAGAAUAUAAAAAAGAAAAUAAAGAAGAUUGAGGAGCAGAUCAUCUCUCUGUCAGAAAGCAUCUUUGCUGGUAAAGAAGAGCUGCAGAAAGACAACAUGUCGUUCCUCAGUGGGUACGAAACCGCACAGAGCAGAGUCAGAGGUCAGAGUUCACUGCCAGAUCCACAGCUGGUCUCAGGAGCUCUGAUAGAUGUGGCCAAACACCUGGGCAACCUGUCCUUCAGAGUCUGGGAGAAAAUGAAGGACAAGGUUCACUUCAGUCCCGUCAUUCUGGACCCAAACACUGCCAGCCGAUGGCUCUCUCUGUCUGAUGAUCUGACCAGUGUGAGACGCUGCGAAACAAAGGAGAAACUUCCUGACAAUCCAGAGAGAAACAUUAACUACACCAAUGUUUUUGGUUCUGAGGCCUUUGGCUCAGGGAAACACAGCUGGGAAGUGGAAGUUGGAGAUCAUCCUCGCUGGAAUAUCGGUUUGGUCAAGGAGUCUGUGGACAGGAAGGGAGAGACAGAAGCUUUGCCCAAAUAUGGAAUCUGGUGUUUAGUGCAUGGUGACGGAAAAUACACGGAUGGCGAAGCAAAAGUCGUCACAAUGAAGCAGAGUCUCAGGAAAAUUAAAGUCCAGCUGAACUAUGACAGAGGGGAAGUGUCCUUCUACGACUCUGAGGACAUGAGUCACAUCCACACCCACAGAGACACUUUCACUGAGAAACUCCUGCCUUAUUUCUGUGUUGGAAAAACAGGAGAAGUGGAAUCUACAAGCAUCAAAGUCUGUGAAACACAGAUUAAUUUUUAAGCUUCACAGAAACAGAGUGUAAUGUUUGAAAAUAAAUGUUUUUUGUUCUUUUCUGAGAAGAAAACAACACAUUUUAACAUCAGUUACAAUGUCGAAUAUCAUACCAUACACAUUCAGACUUCAAUGUCUCAAUUUUGAAUAAAAAUUGUGCAAAAAAAUCUAAAACCACAUAUAGUUUACCCAGGGGAUCCACUCAUUUAUGUUUAUGUUGUAUAUGAACAUCACUAUAUGGAGACAGAAACAUUGUUUUAUUUCCUGCUUUUAAUGCUGUUGUACUGAAUGAAUCUGAAAUCACAAACUAAUGGAAAUAACUUGUAAAAAUAGACGUUAAUGUGGUCUUGAAAAUGUUUGCUAGAUUUAUAAUUUACAUUCAUAAGACGGCAGCCGACACCUUGCCAACACAAACACUGUCUUGAAGUUUGUAAAAUAAUCAAUAAAGGAUUUAUUUUGUAGUUUUAUAUUUUUGAUGCUUAUUUUUGACAUUUAGUUUGUGGCUUCAAUAUUACAGAACAAUUUGCUAUUAAAUUUUAGACAUGCCUUUUCUCUUGCUGUUUUUAGGGCUGUUUUUAAUUCCAGUGGCUUUUGAUACAAUAUGAAUCGCUAUUUCUGAUUUUAGAUUGGUGUUUUUGGUGUGUUCAUUUUUGAAUUUUAUUAUUAUUUGUUUCUUGAUUUCUUGAUCUGUUUUAUUAUUGUACAGCAUUUUUAGUUAAUACAUUGUUUUUAAAUGUAAUUUACGAAUAAAAUUGAUUUGGAUCGGUC